AUGUACUCCAUACACUUUCCUCCAUAUACACUAAGCUGUUACAGUUUAUUUGUAGAUAAAGAACUUGCCAGGGAAGCAAGAGCUUAUAGGAAAAGAAUUUUGAUGAGGAAACGAGGUGCAUUACGAGUAGAUACUAUACAUAGUAUUGCAACUCCAUGGAAUUUUAAAAGUUGUAUGAAAGCCAAUCGACUUGCAAGGGAAGCGAGAGCUAAUAGAAAAAAAAAAUUGAUGGAAAAAAGAAGUGUAUUAUCAGCAAAUAUUAUGAAUGAUACUUCAACUCCUCCACAAUUUGAAGGUUGCAUUCAGGGUGCAAAUAGUACUUUGGAAUCUGGAAGUUCUAUGCAAGAUAAACAACGUGCAAAAGGAGCGAGAGCCAAUAGAAAAAGAAUUUUGAUGACAAAGAGAGGUGCACAAGCAACAAUUACUAUACUUAGUAAUGUUACUCCUUGGGAUUUUGGAAGCCCAACUUGCAUAUGUGAAUUUUGCGGUGCGGUUUUGUGGUAUGAAGAAAGAAGUGAAAGAACCAAAAGAUCUAUCCACCCAAAGUUUUCCUUUUGUUGCAUGCAAGGUAGAGUUCAACUUCCUCUAAUGAAAGAGCCUCCAGAGUUUAUGAAAAGUUUGCUUGAGGGAGAUAAUAAAACAAGAAGAUCUCAUUAUAUAAACAACAGCAGAAGAUAUAAUGGUAUGUUCUGUUUUACUUCAAUGGGAGGUAGGGUUGAUAAAAGAAUGAAUAUGGGCAGAGGCAGUUAUGUGUUAAAAAUUGGUGGUCAAAACUAUCAUAAAAUAGGUUCACUAAAGCCACCUCCGGGAAAAAAUCCUGGUUUUGCUCAACUCUAUAUACAUGAUACACAAAAUGAGAUAAAAAAUAGGAUGCAAUGCUUUGGAGGUCAACAAACAACUGAUGAGCUUGAUGCUGAAAUUGUUGAAGGUUUGUGUAAAAUGUUGGAUGAGUAUAAUCCAUAUGUUAAAUCUUUUAGAAUGGCAAGAGAUCGAUUUCAGUUAGAAGAAGUGGUUGAUGUUCGUUUGCGAUUAAUCAGUACAAGGGAGAAAGACGGUAGGGUAUAUGACACCCCUACAGCAUCUGAAGUAGCUGCACUUAUUGUUGGUGAUUUUAGCAGUGAAAGUACGGGCAGAGACAUUAUAGUGGAGCAUAUGCAACAAGGAUUACAAAGAAUAACUGAACUUCAUCCGUGUUUCAUGCCUAUGAUGUAUCCGUUAAUUCACAUAUAUGGUGAAGAUGGUUAUCGAAUAGAUGUUCAACACAGAGAUGCAUCCAAUGGUCAACGUAAAAGAAACAAGCUAACGAUGAGGCAAAUGUUUGCAUUUCGGUUACAGUUUAGAUUCAAUGAGGGACACACACUCUUAUUGUGUGGUAGACUGUUGCAACAAUAUAUUAUAGAUGCAUAUAUGGCUAUGGAAGAGGAGAGGUUUAGAUGGAUACGAAACAAUCAGUCAAAAUUGAGAGCUGAUCUUUUCAAUGGCUUAAUGGAUGCAAUAUCUAAUGGAGAUACAAUUGCUGCUAAAGUUGGAAAAUUUAUUGUUUUGCCUUCAAGCCAUUUAGGUAGUCCGAGAUAUAGAGUACAAAGUUACCAAGACGCAAUGGCUAUUUGUAGGUGGGCUGGAUAUCCGGAUCUGUUCAUAACUUUUACUUGCAAUCCUAAAUGGCCUGAAAUAAAACAUCUCAUGCAAUUACUAAAAGGUGAAGAUGAUUAUAGUCGUGUCGAAGUUAUCUGUAGAGUGUUUCAAAUUAAAGUAAAUGAAUUGAUUCAUGAUAUCAAGCACAAAAGAUAUUUUGGACGUACAACUGCAAUCGGGCUGUUAAUGUGGAAUAGUGCCUCAGAAGUUCUACGUGAUCGUAAAAUUCAACAUAAACUGAAGGCCGAGUUCCUCAAGCAAAUUUUGAAUAAUGAAAAGACAACCACCUAUAAAAUUGUUAAAGCAGAAACGAAAAUAGUAAAAUGA